AUGGUGUUGGAGUUCAAAUGGCCAAUAUUAGGGGUUAUAAUACCAUGUAUAGUAAUAGCUAUACUAUCCUAUGGUUCUCAUAUAUUUAUCUUAUACCAACAUCUAUCAUUUAAUGAACAAAUCAUAUAUGAAUUAAUUGUUUCAAUGAUUUGGUUAACUUAUAUCCUAGCUAUAUAUAAAUCACCUGGAAAUCCACCAGCCAACUAUAAACCAAAACAAGGAGAAUGGAAAAGAUAUUGUUCAAAAUGUAAAAAUUAUAAACCACCAAGAACUCAUCAUUGUUCAAAAUGUAAAAAAUGUAUAUUAUCAAUGGAUCAUCAUUGUCCUUGGACUUUAAAUUGUGUUGGUCAUGAGAAUUUACCACAUUUUAUGAGAUUUUUAGUAUGGGUAAUUAUUGGAACUAGUUAUUUAUUUAUUCAACAAUGUUAUAGAAUUAUUGAUUAUUAUAAUAAUUCAGAUCUACCUAUUUAUUUAAUUGAUAAAAAAGAACUUAUAGCUGUUAUUGCAUUAACUCCAAUAAAUUUAUUUGUUUUGAUAAGUAUAAGUUUUUUAUUUUUGAGAUGUUUUAUUAAUAUCUGUAAAGGUAUGACUCAAAUUGAAAUUUGGGAAUGGGAUAGAAUUGAAAGUCAAUUUAAUAGUAAUAGAUUAUGGGGAUCUAUAAAAUUGAAUUAUAAAAAGCUACAUGAUAAAGAAUUACCAAAAUUAUCAACUUGGACUAAUUAUAGAGAAGAACAAGAAGACCAAGAUGAUGUAAAUGAGAUUCCUCAAAAUUUUACAAUUGAUGAUUUAAUAUUUCCUUAUGAUUAUGGUAUAUGGCAAAAUUUAAAAUAUUCAUUAGGGAAUCCCCUAUUAUUUUGGUUAAUCCCAUGGUUCAAAUCAAAAUAUAAUGGAUAUGAUGUUAUACCAUCAAUAGAUUAUAAAGAAGAUGAUCAAUUAAAUUUACCUUGGCCACCAGAUGGUGGAAAUAAUGAAAUUGAAAUUAAAAUUCCAACAAAUGAAGAAUUAAAAGAAAUUAAAAAUUAUAAAAUUUUAAAACAAAAAUUAGAUCCAAGAAAUAAUUUGAAAAGAUCAGAAUGGUCAAAUGAUAUGGGUGAAAAUUUAGGUGAUUAUGGUGUUGAUAUUGAUGAUUCAGAAGAUGAUAAAUUGUAA